AUGAGCGAGGGGGAAAAAGAUUCAACAGGCCAUGAUCCGGAUCCGUCCACGUCCAAAUACUCUGAAGAAUCUACCUCAUCGCGGUCAUCGAGCCGUUCGAAGCUUUCGGCAAGUCCGGUAUGCCUCGAAGAACAACGGGUACAAUUGAAACUGGCGAGUCCACUUGGUGGUGAGCCACUUACUUUCAUGUGGCCACUACGAGAAGUGUCUGGUUAUAGUGAAGGUCAAGAAAUUCUAGAUGUUGUAAGGAAUGCUCUUUCAUCGUUCCCCGAGCUUAAUUUCAUUUUGAGACAGCAUUGUGGAAUGAAUCUUGAUACAAUUGAUAAAAGGAACUUUCAACAAAUGUCGGCACUGCUGGAUGCUUUCAACAAAACUUGCCCCACAUUUACUCAGCUGUGGAAAGGUGCAACGAAGCCAGGUGGUGAAAUUUGGUCAGCAGAGCGUGCAAAUCCAGUAUUGUUGAGACAGAUCUGUACUAGAGCAUACAAUCGUGCUGUAGACAAUGUGCAUCUUUUAAAUAAUCAUUAUAAAGCAUUCUCAUCACAAACCUAUGGUGAAACAUCAUUUGAUCGGAUGCAAAUGAUCAUUCAAGAAAUUGUGCCAAAGGAUCGGGAUGUUUUCGUUGAUCUUGGAAGCGGGGUUGGUCAGUUAGUUAUUCACAUGGCUGGCGGUUCAAAAGUACGAAAAGCAGUUGGCAUAGAAAUCGCCUCAUUGCCAAAUCGUUAUGCGCAAAAUCUUUCCGUUGAAUUCAAAAAGUGGAUGAAGUGGUAUGGUAAAAAAUUUAGACCGUUUGAAUUACAUAAAGGAGAUUUUCUGGAUGAAAAAUUUCGUGAUCUGAUCACCAAAGAAGCAACAAUCAUUCUGAUUAAUAAUUUUGCAUUUACAGCAGAAUUGGAAACUCGCAUUAAGAGAGAGCUUUUGAGCGAACUUAAAGAUGGGACACGAAUCAUUUCGACUAAACCUUAUGGCUUACCGAAUCGAACAAUCACAGAUAGACACUUGAAUGAUAUAUCAGCAAUUUUGGAUGUUUUCGAAAUGGCACAGUGUGAAAAUGCUUGCUCUUGGACGAGCAACUAUGUUGCUUACUACCAUCAUAUCAUUAAUCGAGCUAAAUUAGAAAAAUAUUUUCUCUCGCAACGAAAUCCUGCGUUAAAACAGCACAACAGUUCGGAUGGUAGUAGACGUUCAUCGACAUCAAGUAAAACAUCGCGCGAUAGUUUCCGAUGCUGGAGCCGAGAAUCUAGUGCAUCAUUACCGAAUAAUAUAUCCAGUACCUUAGUUGGUCGCCGUGGUGCUACACCAACAGUUGGUCGAAGUCAUACACCAACUUAUCAUGAACGUAGUCCAACACCUAUUAGUAGGAAUAACAAGCGUCCGAAUUCAGAUCUUUCGGAUGAUGAUGAUUAUGCGAUCGGUCCAACGACGCGUCGGAAAUGGCAGGAAUACUGUUCAACAAAAACGAAAGGACAGCGUACAACUUCAACAGCUUCAACAGAGAAUGCCUUAUCAGUUCGUAGUUCGAAAUGGCCAACACCGGAUUACGAUUAUACUCCAUCAAGAAAAAUUCGCAAAACUGGACAGCGUGGACGGCCUCGUAAAAUACCUGCUACUAGCAAGGCUUUUGCUGAUGAUGAAACUCGGGAAACAAUCGAUUUGAUGCAUCGUAUGACUCGUACAGCAACCACUCAUACUGCAUCACCGGUACCUGAUCCAUCACUGGUAUAUGUAUCAGAUAUUUCACAUCCAGAGGAGAUGGAUCGAGAUGUACUGGAUCAGGCAGUAAAUGAUGAUGCAACGAUAGAGAAUAAACCAGAAUUAUUGCUGCAACAAAGCAAAUAUCCAGCAUUGAAUCAAAUGCUUGAAUCGAUGCGCAUUAUGUUCGAAGCACAACUGGAAAAAAUGAAGGCAGAGAAUUUCGCAGAUGAUAUUAAGGCUCAAAUUGAGCUGCAAAAGUCAUAUCGAAAUUUGUUGCGAUCUCGAAUUGAUGCUAUAACAAAACAAAUAACAAAUUUGCGGUCAUCGGGUAUGAGCUGUUUUUAUGCACGAAUUGAAGAGCUAGGUAUUGAGGCAUCGACACCAAGUUUGUUGCUGGAAAAUGCGAAAGAAAUUGUUGCACAUCACAAAAAAAUAACGGCAGAAUGUGCAGCCCUGGAAAGUGAAAUUACUGCUUUAGAAAUGUCCAAUCAACAAUUAGAAAUUAAAGUACGUCGGCGGGAAGAAUUGGAAUCUGCCAAAAAUACAAAUAAUACUGCCACGCUUUCAAAUGCCAACAGCCAGUUGUUAAAUUCGCUUUGUGCUGCCAAUUCCCUGGUACUUGCUGAAAACUUCCAAGCUCUGACUGCACACAACAAAAAUUUAUUGAAUCGAGUGGCGCAACUUGCAGAUAAGAGUGAUAUUAUCGGAAACGCUACUACAGAUGUCAAUAAUCAUGGAACAUCAGCACAAGAUGGACUUCUGUCACCACAGUCGGAUAGUGCCGUACUGACAUUUUCAUCCGCUCCAGGUGGUUUUGGACAUCAGUCUUCCACUCAGUCGACCUUAACUUCACUUUCUGUUGGUGCCACUCCACUGAAACGUUCUCGACAACGCCAGAUCCGGAACGGCGUUGCCAAAAAACCACUUUCUGGGUCCAACAAACAACCUAGUGAUCCGAAAGAGGAUGAGGAAAUGGAGCGGAAAAUUCAGGAUAUUGUUGCGAAAGCUUUAGAAGUAGACAGUGCUGCAAAAUGUGCAGAAAAAGAACGACGAGCACGAGGUGAAAAGCGUAAAGAAAAAAGUAUAAUACCCGGGAAUGUGCGUUCGAUAGCUGACGUGACAAUGCCUUCCGUAACCCUUUUGUCGUCAUCGGAGAAACCAGCUACACUAUCUUGCGCCCCUGCGUCUACAUCCAUAACAAGUGAUAGUGAAGGUCGAAUUUCAUGUUCUGCUUCUUACACGUUAACAAAAAAUAUUGAAUCCAGCGACAGUGUCAGGUCUUCUGUUGAUGAGUAA